AUUUACUCAUUUACUCGAUUCCCUCUCCGGCUCUCAGCUCUCUUUCACUCUAACCCUAAAAACUCUACACAACUCUUCCUCCACCUCCACUGUCGCUGCCGCACUCCCGCACCACGCCACCGCCGGCUGCUGCUCUAUCACAGACGCCUUCCGCCGCUGCUGCCUGGUGCUUUGACGUUGUCGGUGCUGCUGUGGGUUGCUCGAAGCCUCGAUUCGAACACAGUCGAACUCGAAGGUUUUCACACCCUAAUCCCUAAAAAUCGAAAAUUUUGAUUUUGUUUAAGUAUUUUGUGAAAAAUGGCACUCUACAAUAAGAUUGGGAACAUGCUUGCUCAGACUUUGUCUCAAAAUUCUAGCCCAGUUAUGAUGAAUGCUAUUCGCUGUAUGUCUUCAAGGCUCUUCGUUGGAGGUCUUUCAUGGGGAACUGAUGAUAACUCCUUGAAGGAAGCAUUUUCCCAUUUUGGUGAUGUAGCUGAAGCUAGGGUUAUCAUGGAUAGAAACACAGGGAAGUCCAGGGGAUUCGGCUUUGUCACUUAUACCGACAGCGAAUCAGCAAACAAUGCAAUUGCCAUGGAUGGCCAGGAACUGCACGGUCGUAAUAUUCGUGUGAAUCAUGCUGAUGAAAGACCUCCUCGACCACGAGGGUACAAUGGUGGUGAUGGGUAUCAUAACGAACGAGGGUAUAAUGGCAGAGGUGGAGGUGGCUACGAGAACUGAGCUAAUGAAACCACAAUGUGAAUGCAGAGAGGGGUGUAGGAAAUUGGAUGCUUUAUCUAAGCUUUGAUUUGGUUUUGAUGAAUUUGUUCUUAGCUACUGGUUUUUGUGAUUUGUGAUAUUAGGAGUAUCUCUCUUACUGCUUAAGUGCUAUGCUUCUCAAUUCUCAUUCUCAUUCUCAUUUUCAUUAUAUAAUUAGUGAGGCUGUGUAAUUCCACCAAUACCUUUGCAUUCAUAUCUUAUUUAAUCUGUUUCUUUAUUUUGAACAUUUGUUGUUUAUUUAUGGAAACAUAAUUUGAAAAAUAAAA